GGCUGAUGGUUAACCCCAAUCCGCAUAUUAGCGCGUUUAAUGCAGGAUACAAUAGUGCAGGCUGAUGAUCUGUUACCAAAAAUGAUGCCGUUUAGUUAAGAGGAUAGUGUCGUGUGUGUUCAAGGUAAAGAUCGGCGCCUCCAGAGACUGCCAGACUGACCUUGUCUUCCUUUUUGACAUGGAAAGAACAAAUGCGUCCGGCUCAAAGUGGGCAGCCGGUACUGCGGAGGAGAUGGGAGACAUGGCUGGCUUCGGAUAAUAAUAAGUGCGUGUUAUGUGGGGACUGCACAUGCAAAUCGUUUAAAAAGAGGCCAUUAUUCGUGUUUAGGUGUGACUGAAAGAUGUGGAAUUCUUUUGGAAAUGGAUCAAGCGGCUAUGUAAGCAAGGCGCAAGGCUGGGAGUUCGUCCCGUGCUCUCGUUUGGAAAGGGGCGGUAAGAGAGUCCAGAGUCCCGCCCGGGUUCGGUCGUUCCCCAGCAACCUUCUCGAGCAGCUUCCCCCUGGACCUGCUGUCGCUGCAUCCGAUGCAGCUUGCGGACAAACUCCCUAUCAGGAGCUGCAAAGUCAACACACGCGUCUAAAAAAUACAUUUGAGGAAUUGAAAAGGCGCCACGAGCGGGAGAAAGAGGAGUGCAGGAUGGAGAAGGAAAUGCUUUUGAGACAAGUUGCUGAGAUACAAGGUGGGGAGAACAGAAGGAUACUGUUGGAUCUGAGGUCAGUUUUAGAAGAGGUUCAGACAGGGGCGAAGCGUGAAGAAAGUAAACGGAGCGAGCUGGAGCUGCAGUACAUGAAGGAUCGAGGCGCUUGGGAACUGGAACGGGCAGAGCUGAAGAGUCGCAUAACUCAGCUAGAAGCCAAGGGGUGUAAAGUUGUAGUGGAGGCUGUGCGGAGUUCAGAACUAGGGGGCACUCUGAAGCGGGAAAGGGAGGAACAGAAGAGGCUGCUGGCAGACACACACAGUGCAGCCAUGGACCUGCGCUGCAGGCUGGACAACAGCGAGAGGGGUUGGGUGAAGGACAAAUCUGAGCUGCUGGAACACUUUGACUCUGAGAGGAAGGAGUGGGAAAAUCAGCUCAUGGAUAUGCAGCGGAAGAUUGAGGAGUUAUACGAUGAAGUGAAGGCCCAACAUGAGGGAGGUGCUUUCCGACCAAACACUGAUCCACAUUACAGUGCCCUGAGGCUCAGCUCAUGUUCUGGCAGCACUUUGUCUAGUGCACGGACUUACCCCUCAGAUGCUCAUAGCGAUGAAUAUUCUGAAGCCCUAACCCAGCAAAGCAUCAACUUCCCAAGUCAACGUAGUCACAACUCAAGUGAAUUUAUUGACCAGUGCAGCAACAAUGAACUAUUAAAUAAGCAAUGUGCUGGGAAAUAUGAGCUUGUUGAACAACAGGCAGUAGACACUGCAGAGCUGGAAGAAUUCCUUGAAAGCUUUUUGACAACGAAAAUGGAGAACAAGUCCUGCUUCACUGGACAAGAUGAUCUCCUGAACCCUUUCAAAGGAUUUCAGAGCAUGGAUAUAAACUGUGGAAGUGACAAAAAUAAGAAAAAUACUGCCCUUAAUGCGGCACUUAAGGAAAUUGCCAGUGUGAGUGAGGAGCUGUGUAGCUACCAGGAUGAGAUGAAGAAGUGGCCUGAUAUUAAGAGAAGCCGAACUGAGUCAGUAUUUUUUCCAGGAAAGGCUGAGAUGGUGGAGAAGGUAAAGGACAUAUUGGAACUGGAUGACACAGCCAUCCAACUGAAAAACUUGAGUGAAGACCUUAAAUCACUUGAUGAGCAAUAUUGGAUGGACUGGGAAGGUUUUAACAAGACAGCAAAUCAAAUUAAAAGUGAUGAUAAGGCAUUAGCGAAUAGGAGACAAGCCCCACCCAUCCCAGCCCGCAGUACAUCUUGGUACCUAAGCAGUCCGUCUGCAGAAUUAGAGUCCAGUGGUACAGAAGGCCACACAUCCGGAGGGUGUCAAUGGCCAGGAACCUAUCUGGACAGGAAAAACUACAGCCCUGCAAUUGUUCAAAAAUUUGAGGCAAUGCUCCAAGAGAAUGAAGGGAAGAUUCUGGACACUGGGAAUGUAGUCUGCACUGUGCCUGCCAAUUUCAAGUGCAAUGUUAGCAGUUGCCAGAGCCGAUGGUCCUGUGAUGGAAGUAGAUUUAUUAGCAACAAGUUAUCCAAGUAUGUACCAGUUAAGAGAAGUCUCUCUAACAUUGACAUUGCAGCUGCAGAGCGCAUUAUAAAUCAAAUAGAUUCAGAGAACAAUUCUGGUAAUCUCAAGGGUGCAGCUCAUCCCAUGAACAUCACCCACUUGCCUAAAGACUGUGUUACAUCACUGGACAUUGUUUCACCAUGUGCCAGUGCUUCGGCUACUCACAGAAAUGAGAGACUUGAGCAUAAAACUGCGCAGUUCAACCGUACGCUCUUCCAGGCAGGAAUGGGUCUUCGGUGUGAUGAGAACAAGUCUAUGAAUGUAUCCAAUGAUUGGAGUCCAAGACAACCACUGUACAUAUCAAAGGACAUUUGCCCAGACAGUCCAUCAAUGUAUGCUCAGGACAAUUUGAAAGAUGUGCUCUUGGAUCUUGUGGCACCAUGCCCAAAAGGGGAAUUUGUAGAGAUGAACCCUCGCAAAUCACCACAGUUUAAGAGAGAAACAAAGGACAUUGUCACUAAGUUUUCAUCUCUACAUCAGGAUGCUAGUCUACAAGAAUUACCAUUAGGUACAUUUCCUGUAUCAGAUCAUACAGGUAGUAAGAACAUGGAUUUAAUCUCGAUGCAAGACAAAAAAGUUAAGCCUUUAUGGACUGAACACAGCCUGCCAUCCCCAAUUGCCCAGUUUGGCCCAAGUACAAAACACUUUGAAUUGAGUGUUACACCACCAGAGCUGAAGAUCCAUAAAGAAAGUCCCAGCAAAUUUGGGGAUUUUGGUACAGACCAACAUCAAGUAGACACUAAAUCGAAACAGCCCAAAAAGGCAAAGCAGGACACGAGUAACCCCAGGUCUCGGAUUCUAGAUGAAAAUCCAUGGAAACCGUCCACACUCGCUGCCUAUCCUCGGCCUUUGGAGUCUAGGUCCAACUAUGGAGCUAUUGAGAGGAUUCUAAAAAGUUAUGAGGAUAUGGAUAGAUCUCAGGAGCAGCAGCAACCACAGUCCAGUCCAGGAAAAGAGGAAAACCUCAUGGACCUCUUGGAAAUGUUGGAUAUCCGACAUGAGUCCAGAUCCAGUCAGAGACUAACACACACAUCACACCACCAGCUCAUAGCCCACGAAGAGACACAUGUAACGGUGCAGCAAAGCAAAGAGUCCGCUGUAACUCCCAAGAAGAGCUUUUCACGACCUGCAUGCCCUGCAAAAAGACGUUUGCCCUCCCGUUGGGCUAGCCGUUCAUCCACCUCAUCUGCAUCUUCUCCCUCACCCCCACCAACAAGACCACCCACAGUCUUCACCCAGCCACAAACUCUUACCUACUCCACCUUCCACACAGAGACAGUGAUCUAACAGGAGUGAGCCUUCGGGAAAGCAUGCAGACAGAUAGAGUCCGAUGCCUCUACAGCUCCGAAUGUUGUCAUCUUGUUCUUGCCUGAUUACUUGAGUAAAUACCAACGAUGACUGUUAGUUCAACAUAUUCAUGUUUUCUUUACAUUUUUGUAGCCAUAAAAUGCAACUGCCUUUUUCAUAAUUUUUUUUUCACAAGUUCCGAGACACUUACAAAUUUGACCUACAAGUUUACAAUUAAUGUGUUGUUUUCUGGUUUCAUAAACCAGUUUUGAUCUGUUUUCAUUGUUUUAUAACUGCCAAUGCAAGCCUGUUAAUAUGUGUGAGAUCUGAUGUCUGUGAUUAAGUAUAGCAAAGCACUGUAGUGCUGCCUAUUUCACAUGAAACUGUUUGUUAUACUUUGACCAACAUUAACCCAAAUGUUUGUCUUGUCAUUUUGACUGGUGUUAUUACAGAAACAUAUGGAUUCUAAAGUCAGUUUAACUGAUUAUCUGAUGUAGGACAUAUCAUUUAGAUUAUGCCUUCGCAGACCUUUUUAUUGAUUAAUAUCUCAAAUGAAUCUGUAUUUAGCAUUUAUAUGAAUAAAUGAA